GUGUUAUAAUUUUCGUGCGGUCAUUUUCGACUUCGUUUUAUGCAAGUACUUCCUUAAGAAAUGCCAUAAGAGAAAGCUAUAUAGAUGCUAUGGCAUAUAAACCUCGAAAACUAGAGGAGAUGGUAAAAAAUAUAGUUAACGACUCAAUAAAAGAAACUGGAACUAUUGUCUCACCCUCGCCAGUACGAGAACAACAGCAUUCAGAAACACCGAUAUCAUCCUACGAUCUUUCAAUUUCAUUAUUACUUUCGGCAGGUUGUCACUUGGGUCACAGCACAUCACUCUGGAACCCGUCAACCUCUCCAUUUAUUUAUGGAACUCGAGCGGGUAUAAGUAUAAUUGAUUUAGAGCAAACGUUAAUUUAUUUACGCCGUGCAUGUAAAGUCACUCGUGAGAUAUCAUUUCUCGGCGGAAUCAUUUUGUUUAUUGGUACGAGACCAGGGAUAUUCGGUAAAGUGACAAUUGAGGCGGCAAAACGCGCCGAAGCGUAUCAGGUUGCGAAACGGUGGAUUCCAGGUACAAUCACAAAUUCGUCUCAGGUUCUCAGAAAAAUGUUGCUCGAAGACCAAGAAAGAGCUGCAUCUAAUCGAGAUCCGCAGCAACAGGAAGUUCUAAAGGCAUUCAAGCCUGAUCUAAUGAUUAUUUUGAAUCCUAUCGAAAAUCAGAUUGCCAUCGCUGAAGCACAUUCUGCUAAUAUACCUACAAUCGGGAUCGUGGACAGCGAUUUUGAUCCGGGACGUGUUAGUUAUCCGAUACCUGCAAAUGAUGAUAGCGUCAGAAGUGUGGAACUGAUUGCGGGUGUAUUAAGUGUUGCCGCAAGAGACGGACUUAAUCACCGACGAAAGAUCGAGGGUGAUUUAGAAAAAAAGAAACAGCAAGAGAUUACGCAGAAAGGUGUCGGAAAUUGGAAUAAAGUGCUUUAUCAAAAAGCAUAA